AUGACUGUGUCCGAGGUGAAGCCGCGGGUGACUGCUUGGAUCCUGAGCGUAGCCUCUUGUCUGAUUGUGGGAACCAAUAUCCUGGUGGCCACUGCCCUUCUGCGGCUCCUGGCCAAGAGGCGCAGCCAGAGCUGGUGUUUCGUCCUCAACCUAGCCCUGGCCGACAGCCUGGUGGGCUUAGCAAUCACCGGCCUGGCCACCGAGGACUUUGGUACCAACGUCACCUACGUGGACCUCGGGCAUGACGCACGUCAAGGUAGCGGAAACACCUCGUCUGUCGCUCCGGGAAAGGGCCGGUGUUUGAUGCGGAUGGCCUUCGUGAUGUCGCCGUGCACAGCGUCCAUUUUGUCCAUGUUUCUGAUCUCACUUGACCGCUACGCUGCUAUCAAGGUACCCCUGAGGUACUCCAGGCUCUCUGGAAAGGGGACGGCGACCGGGUCUCUUCUGGCUCUUUGGGCUUGUUCGUUCAUCAUGGGAUUCUUACCAGUGAUGGUCCGCCAGUUGCAGACAGACGGCUACGGCGGCCUGUGCGCUUUCUUCUCCGUCAUCUACCCGACCGGCAUCAUUGUCCUCUUCAGCGUCUGCUUCUUCCCCGUCCUUUCUGUGUUCGUCUACAUUUACAUGGACAUACUGAAGAUAGCUUGCGGUCACCAAAGGCAGAUCUUCCAGAUCAGUCAGGCAGGAUCUCGUACCACAGCCGAGGGCAUCCACCGCCUGCAAACUCAAUGGCCCCAAGCAAGGAACCGGUACUGGAGUCACGUCAAGGCCUUGAGGACUGUGGCCUUACUGGUGGGCUGCUUCCUGACCCUGUGGUGCCCCUUCUUUGUGGUUAGCAUCGUGCAGCUGCUGUGUAAAAGCUGCCGUCUUAUCGCAGUGUUGGAGAACCACCUAUGGCUGUUGGGCAUGUCUAACUCGCUCAUCAAUCCGUUGGUGUACGCCUUUUGGCAGAGGGAGGUGAGGACGCAGAUUGCAGGCAUGUUUGCGUGCAUGGCAGGAAGGGGUUCGACUCCCGGUCCGGUCUUGGAGGGUGGUGAUCUUCAGUCGCAUGCGCAGACUUGAGUUAAAUCUGGCAGUUUGAAUUUAAAUUUGUGGAGCCAGUAUACUUUACAUAGGUUACAUCCAGGAAUGGUCCCCAUCCACCAAGACAUUUUCACCAUGACGUCACCUACUGUAUACCAAAAUCUUUAACCAUCUCUUUGUGUCCAAUACGCAGGGGUCAAAGUGGGCCAGAACGGUCAGGAACGCAGUUCCGGUAUAAGAUUCAGGGCCAGAAUGCAGUUCCGGUAUAAGAUUCAGAGCCGGAAUGCUAUUCUGGUACACGGUGCUUUGAUUCCGAAAAUAUGACGGCAACUGUCAAAACGUAAUUUAAAAAAAAAACAAAAAAAUGCUAAGAUGCCACACAUGCAUUUCAUCUCCAUGAAGAAAACAAUCUACCAACAUCAGAUUUACAUACACAAGUGUUAACAACAAGCGCAAUAAAGUGCUUGUAGCAUAAUCCAUUUCCACCAAUAUUUAUUAUUGAUUUUAUUCCACGGACUGCAUAGAGGUUUCCCCAGCUGCUGCAGUUAUCUGUGUCAGACGAUGACGAGUCACGUCAAAGUGCGAAUGCAUGCAGCAAAGCAAAACGCCUGGACUCAUUUAUCCGUUCAAUUGGCUGACAUACUGACAUGUGCAUGUUUUCUGGAACAGCAAAAAAAAAAAAAAAGUUGUUGAAUUGAUGCGACAAAAAUAGGGCAAUGCAACAUAAAAUGCAUCAAAUCUUUAAGAGCAAUGAAAGAGUUGAGGAGGCGUAUUUAUCAUAAUUAGUUAGAACAUCUUAGCUGUCAA